AUGUCGGUCGGGCUUGCCGUGGCGCUGCUGCUGGUGACCCUGCUGGGAGUGCGCGGCAGCGAGUUCCCGGAGCGUGAGUGCUGCGACCCCGUCUACCCACCGAUGCCCGAACCGGAUCCGGACCCGGGCGCAGUCCACCCGACGACGACGAUUUCCUCCUCCUCAUCGUUCCAGACGGGCCAGACGGGCGAGGAAGGCGGCAGAGGGCGCGACAGUGGGACGGCCCUCGGCGGCGGUGAGCACGGUGGAGGAGGCCCGCCCGGCACGGGGCCCGGCAAUCAUUUGUCAUCUUCGCGACCGAUGCACAUCGGUUACUCGGGAUCGAAUAUUAAGACUGCAAUAGCUAUUUUAAAUUGUAUAUUAGCACGACAACUGUGCUUCGAGGAUCCAUCAUGUUCAGCCAUCCUAGAGAUCAUCCCGCGCGUCUGCGGACCAGUGCCAGUCGCCUGCAGCACCGUCACCGUUACGAAAUGCCAGGCCGCACUCCGGACGCUGCAGGCGUUCCCAUUUUUCCGGCCCACCUGUCUCUGCAAGGAGCCGGGCAUCGAUCCGGACUGUAAUUAUUUUCGGGAUUUCCUGUUCGAUCAUCCUUGCGGCUUCGUGUCGAAGAAAGAAAAAGACCCGUACCCGGUGGAUGCACUGCCGACGUGCAACCAUGCACUGUCCGUGUGCCAGCAGGAGCGAAAGUGCAUAAAAUUGUUCGAAGAUUUCAAACAACACUGCAAAGUGCGGGAAAACAAGUGCCGCAUGGAAGAUAGGGAUUUGUGCUACGAGGCGUGGACUAAUCUGAGAUUAUCGCCGAUGUUCGGCUGCAUCUGCCCGAAUAAUCACAUGAAGCGUAGAUGUGAUAAAAUAUUUAGCGUUGUUAACCAUAAUCCUUGCGUCGAUGUGCUUCCCUCUGCACUCGAUACAUCUUCUGGCACCGCCACCAACUCCAUCUACCCGAACUUCUAUCCCUCCGAUAUUAUCGAAGACCCUCCACCCACCAGCACGUACCCGUACUUCCUGUUUCCCUCGAAAAAGUAUCCCCCCUCGGCGUUCGGGUCUGCCACCCUCUACCACGCCACCGUCGACUAUAUCAAUCUGCCGGACGGUGGUGGCGUCGUUGUUGGUGGCUCCCCGUACGCCAACGGCACCGAUCAUGAGCACUCUUCCACCUUCUCGCACCGGCCAAGCCAUGCCGGCACCGAGCACGGCAACUAUCGCACUAGAUACGAGCACAAUUUUGACACCAGCAUGCACCAUAACCAGCACCCAAGUACCACUCACAGUAACAGUAAGCACAAUGCACCGAUCGCUAGCGGCGAGCACCAACCGCACGGCCACGGCUCCCCGCCCGACCAACAGCACCAGCACCAUCAGCACCAGCACGGCCGGAACGGAACCGCGGCUUCCGGCGAGCUCGGCACGGUGGGCCGGUGGGACAGCAUGUCGGUUCCAUCGGACCUCCAGCAGCAGCCGGAGACUGUCCGGGCAAUGGGGGUGGACGAUAAUUAUCACCGUCUGCUGGACCAGAAUAUGGCACUGAUCGAGACGCCGCUGGUAGCGCCACCGCAUGCCUACUUUCCGCAGCACUACAAGACGGCACUGUAUCCGUACAACGUCAGCGGUUACCACCACCUGCACCAGCACGGAGCCGGUGGCCAUUUUGGCCCCCCGCACCAGCAUCCGCACCACCAGCACGCCCAGCAUCCGUACGAGUACGACGGUGGGUUCGGGGGUGCCGGUGGUGGUGGGUUCGAUGACGGUGCGGGGGGCCUGAUGGCCUCUUCGAUUGGUUCCGCGCCGGUGGACAAUAUUCUUAUCAGUUUGAACGGUGGUAACGGGGACGCGGCCAUCGAGUUCGAAGGCUCGAGCUACGAGCACACGGUGGACAAGCAAUUCGGGUCCGACGAUAUCGAGGAGAAGGAGGCGGAGAUGAGUUUUAUUCAUUUCCAAAGUACCUGCCAUCUGGCGCUGCACUCCUGCCGGGACGAUCAGGUCUGCUCGUCCGCGCUCAAGACGGUGAUGAUGCACUGCGACCAGCACCGGUGCAACCGGAACGCCUGCAUGGAGUCCCUGCAGAGCUUCUACAAGAGCAUCCACGACGAUCUGAGUCUGGACAUUGCGUUCUGCUUGUGCAGAAAAACGCCCAACCGGCACGACAUGUGCAUGAGCGCCCAGGAAAAGCUGCACCCCGUUUGUGCCCAGCGGCCGCCGGAGAGUCUCGCCCAGCAGUCUUCAUCGCAGGCCGGCAACGGGGUGACGUACAAUGCGCCACCGGCGUGCCAUGCGGUCGCCGAGCUGUGCCGGGAGGAUGAAGACUGCCGCGCCCGGCUGGAGGUGUUCGAGCAGUCCUGCGCGGUGGACAGUGUGACCAAGAAGUGUGCCGGAAAGACGAGCGCUUGCAGGCAGGCUAUGCUUGGCAUUCUGGGCACCCCGCUGAGGACGACCUGCGCCUGCCAGGGCUCCGACAUGCAGCAGCUGUACGACUGUCUCGGCUGGCAGCGGCUUCUCUGGCUCAAUCCUUGUGUUGUUGAAUCGCAGAAGGACUUUCAUCUGAAGCGGUUGGCGGAGCUGGGGUUGCUUACGACAACCACGACGAUGGCAACCACCACCACCACCACCACGACCACCACGAUGAGAACCACUCGUAUUACCCUACCCCCGACGCAACCCCCCACAAAACCAAAACCAGUGUAUCGCCCGAAGCCGACCGAGGUGCAUACGAUCGAGACGAACUACGUCGAAACUCCCGACACCCGACCGGAAACGUUGCUCCACAAGAACGAGCUCAUCGAACGGACAGACUUGCAGCCACAUCGGCCGCAGCAGCCGGAUGAGUACGAUCGGUCGAACACCGGCAAGUCCCGCUACCAACCUCCACCGGUCGAACCGGAUGGGGACGACGAGGAGGAGGUCCACAACAAAAUCUACCAAAAACCAGACGAACAAGUUCUGCACGUGCCCAGCACGGAAGUGACGGAGAUGGAGACGCUUCCACCGACGACCGUCACAACGACUACGACUGAACCCACGACUACGCCGGUUCCGAUCCGAUAUUGCGUAGUCCAGAGGUCCCACCAGCCGGAUCAGCUCAUCGCGGAGGGUAAAAGCCGUAGGCUGUACAUCCUCGACGAUGCAGAGUGCAGCGAACUCUGCACGUGCGGGGGUGGAGACUCACUGACCCUCAGCUGUCACGCGCUGUGCGUUCCGUUGGCACCGUGCCGGACAGCGCUGGCGUACUACAGCCACGCCGCACCGGCGUACCAGGCAUUCCGGGGUCGAUGCCUCUGCUACUCGGGGCGGUUCAUCUGUAUGCGACCUCCGCCGGGUGAAUAUCAGCUACCAGGUGGCAUCUUUCUUUUACUAGGUUAUAGUUCAACCGACGAAGCACUGUUAAGACCGCACACUAACUUAGGAGUACAGGAUGCCGUACGUGCCCUCCAGCAGUACGUUCAGCAUCAUAUUGACAAUUCGACACAAUGUACAUUAACACUGUUCAAUAUCACUGAAGAAAACAUCAUCCUAUCGAUAAGGCUGCCGCUCGACCCGAAGCUCACAUCGAUGCAGCUGCUUAAGCUGGAAAAGGACCAGUGCACCCGCAUCCUGGAGACGAUCAGUCACCAGAUCAACACGCAGUACGUGGAGCUGUCCGCCCAUCGGUUGCUCAGCAUUUUCAAGAUGGCCGAGGUGCAGAUCGUGUGGCCGGAAGUGAGUCAUGGACGGCGGCACGCGACCCCCACCGUGGCGGUCAGCAUCGGUACCGGUGUGCUGACGGUCCUGCUCACCCUCUGCGGGACCCUGCUACCCCCGACCGUCCGAUGGUUGCGCCCGCACCAACCGUGGCCAGCCGUUCCGAGGGCAGUUACGUGA